AUGGAUCAAAUUUAUUGGAAUCGUCGUACUUGUGUCAUUUUAACCGGUGGUAGCAAAGGAAUAGGACGAAGUUUGGCCGUAGAACUCAGUAAAAUAUUGGUUCCAGAAUCAAACAUUAUUCUUCUUGCUCGGGAUACAGAUGGUCUUGAAAAAACUAAAGAAAUGGUGCAUAAAGAAAAUGGGAAAAUUUCUGUCGAGGUAAUAAAAUUAAUCAUAUAGGUAUACUUAUUUUAAUUUAUUUAAAGGUGCUGUAUUUGUAAACUCGGGUUGGGUUAGGUUUUUAUUGUGGUGGAAGUACCGACAUUUUGAGGAAAGUGACAAUUAAUAAUUAAAUUAUUAAAAAGGAUAUUAAGAUAGUGACAUAGUAGGUUAUUAAUAUAUUUCUCUAUGUUUUAGAAUAAGGAAUAAGUACAUAAGUGGUAGCUUAGAGGUGACUUCGACAGUAGACGAAAUGAGAGGAAAUAAACUGAGAUAGGCAGGUCAUUAAGAGACAGGAAUCUUAAGUAGUAAAAAUUGUAAUGGUAAUAAUGAAGAAAGAGAGGGAAAUGAAGACCAAAAAAAAAAAAGCGGUUGGAUGCGAUUGAAAAUUAUCACUGUAUAUGUAUAUGCGGUUUUUAAAAUAUUUACAAUAUAUAAAAACAUAAUUUUUAGAUUCUGAGCGGUGGACGAAGAUGUUUAUGGUUUUACAAUGAUAUUUAUUUAUUUUUUCUGUGGACAGCUUUUCUACUAGAAAUUUUGUCCUAAUUUACAAUGAUAGCACUUUUUCUAAAAGAAAUUCUGACUUGGAAGUAACUUUAAGCAAGUUAAGUUUUGACUUUCCCAGGAGUUUUUCCAAUAAAUAGGAAAAACGUAGAAAAAAUAAGGAAAUAAGUACAAAAUUUGAUAAAUUUUAUUAAAGAAAAUAUAUAAUGUCUAUGAAAUUAUUUUAUCAUAAUAUGACAUAUAUAAUGUUGUUGACACAGCAACACUAUCAACUGAACUCCACUUAGAAACGUUUUUUUGUUAGCAAUAGUAUAUCGUUACUUACAGAUAUACAUUAAAUUAUCUAUAUUAGUAGAUGCACCAGUCCAAAUUAUCCUAGGACGGCUUUUUAAUAUACGAAUAAAUUAUAAAAAGAAAAAACAGACAUGCUUCACACAACAGGUGUGCCACUGGUAUAGGCGAAAAGUUGAGAAGGUAGAAUAUAGAGGGGAAUUUAAUUUAUAUAUGUAUGCAAAAAUAAACCAUAGCCAACGAAAAACGAUUCAGAGCGAAGUUCAGUUAUACAAGAUAAUUCAUUAAGCGUGCUCACUCCAUUUGUUUGCUUAAAUUUUGCAUUUAUUCAAAUUCUUGGAAUUUUUAAGUGUAGUUAAAGUCGAUAUUUUCGAAGACUUAGUUUAAUCCAUAAAUAAACUGAGUAUUAAUUUAAAUAAAUUUUGAAAUUAAAAUUUUUGAUUUCCGUCAACCCGUUGACGAUAUAUUUAAGUUACUUUUAAGUUUAGGUAGAGGUAGAAUAGUGGAACACUAAUAAAACGCCCUGCGCCGUACCGUGUUGCCACACAAAUGACGCUUAACUACUUUCCCACUACCUAAAUUUGAAAGUGAAACAUAAUAAUAUCGUCAACGGAUUGAUGGAAAUCAAAAAAUUUAACACCAACAUCAAUUUAAAGUAAUACUCCGUCUAUUUAUGGAAUUUUUAAUAUAUUUGGAAAACCAAAGUUGGUAUCGUCACAAGAUACUUCUUAAAUGUUGUGAAAAAUCCAAGUAUUCGAAAAUAUCGGCUUCAACUACACUUGAAAUUUCCAAAAAUCAGAAUUAGAACAUGUACACAAUUUAAUCAAAAAAAUGGAGUGAGUACGCUUAGUAAAUCACCCUGUAGAUGUUUUGAAUAUUGGCGAUUUGCGUCAAAAUUUGAUAUUAAAAUUCUUUAAAAAAAAAAUACUACAUUAAACUUAAUUUUUUUUUACUACAAGGUACGACUUACAAUAUUUGAUUACCUUCUUUUUAAUGAGUAUGCAUUUCUGUUAAAAACGUAAAAAACUUGCAACAUUUAAAUGUUUAUAAAUAGCUCAAAAUACCACAGAUGUUUUGAAAAUUUUACUACGUCUAGACAAAGAAAAUAUGAGUUCCCUGUUCAAGUUUCUAUGAAAAUUUUUAAUUGAAUUACAAUAAAAACAAAAUUUAAAAUAAUAAAAGCAUUAUUUUUGUAAAUUUUCCCGGUUUUCCUACUUUCUCCCGAUUUUCCCAUUUGUUAUAAAAAUCGCUUAGAAAAUCAAAAUAUGACUUGUAUAAGGUAUCGAAUAAAUACAAUUUUAUUUACUUGAUUUUACUUGAUAAAUAUAUGCAAAAUUUCAUAUUCAAAAAAAAAAAAAAAAUAUUAAUAGAAGUAAAUAAAUAAACAAUAUCAUUGUCAAACCAAUACAUUCCUUACUACAUUUCGGAUCUAAUAUGCUCAACUGCAAGUAGAUAUUUUAUUUUGGAACUAUAUUAAGAUACGAUAUUUUUUGUUUUCAGUGUUUCCAAAUUAAUUUGUAUCACCCCAGUGUAUCGACUUUUGAAAAUAUUUUGAGCCCUGUCGACCAUACGAAGUAUGAAUUAUUUUUAUUAAUCCAUAAUGCUGGAUCAGUUGGUAAUUUGGAUCAUCUUGCAGCUGAUAUGAACGAUAUUGAAGAAUGGAAUAAGUAAAUAAAACAAUACUGUACCUACCUAUUGACUUUAGAUAAAUUGUGUUUAUAUGUAUUCAAUAUUAAUCUGGAUUGAAAAGAUAAUACAUUUUUUAAUCAAAAGUCUGUGUUUAAAAAUCUUAAAAAUAAAUAAAUCCCAGGGAUGAUACUACAGUUUUUAUUUUCACACAAAAUAACAAAAUUAUUGUUCAAAAUGUUUUCAAUAGGUAAUAAUUUCCAGGAUAAAUGUCUCAAUUUGUUACAAUUUUUCCAUUGAUAUAAAUAAUAACCAAUAAUCGGUAACCAACAUAUGGUGAUCAGUGGUCAUUAGCCAUGCAAAUAAAAUAAAAAUAUGGGGCACUCAAAAAAAAAAUAAUUAAACGCAACGCUUAGUGAACAAAUAUUAAACAAUAAAUAAACAUAUAAUUAUAAAAUAUAUAAUAUGAAAAAAAGGACAGAUAUACUUCGCACGUAGGUGCAGCCACUUUUGUAGGUGGAAAGUUAGAAAGGAAGGGUACAGAUGGGAAUUUAAUGUUUAUCUGUAAGCAACGAUAAACCAUUGAUAACGAAAAAACGAUUCUGAGCGGAUUUCAGUUGACAAAGCAACACUUUGUCAACAAUACAUAUGUAAUAUUAUGGUAAAAUAAUUACAACAAUGUGCGUUUCCACGAAAACAAUAAUUUUUUAAAAAAGAUUUUAAAAUAAUAACAAAAAAUAAAUAAAAACGGUUGCCAAUAAUAUUAUUUUUUAUUGUUUUUUAACCUAAAGAAUCAGGUUUUCCUCAUUAUCUCGAGUACUAAUGAAAAUUUCAAAAGAUGACCUAUCUAAAGUACCACCCAGAGAACAUUGCCUUUCAGAAAAAAUACUAUAUUUUAUAAUCGGAGUAUGUUUUCUGGUAGAACAAAUGUUUACAUAAAAAAAAAUUAACAUCAUUGUAAAACCAAUAAAUUCCUCGCUCCACAACAAAAUAAAUAAGUAGCAUUGAGGCUUUUAACAACAAAUUAAAUAUUUAUGCACAAAAACAAUUUAAUUCAAUUACUCCGUCUACUAUUUUUGUGCGGAAUAAAAUUUAUUGAAAAAUUUAUUAUUUUUAGUGAAAUACCGUCAAAUCGUUUUUAAAAUGUAUUUUUACAAUGACCAUUGCAUAUUUUAAUAUAAUGUGUAUAGGUAACAUAAUGGUCAAAAUAAUAUCCCAAAAAUACUUUAGUAAAACAGAGAUUAUAUUAAAUAAUAUUAGAAUGACACGAAUAAAAUUGUUGUGUAUUGUAUAUUGUGUAUUAACAGUAACGAAAAAUCCGAGAUUAAACGGAACGGAUUAGAAUAAAACGGGACCAAGUGUGUCCCGUAUAACUUUCGUUAGGAUAACCAGACACUAUGUUGAUACACGAAACAAUCCCAUGUAAUACGGGACAUAUGGUAUUAAUUACUUAUUUCAAAAAUCUAAAUAUCAAAUAAAGAUUUAUUUUUGAACGUGCACAAAAUAAAAUAUUAUGUCAAUAUAAGAUAAUUAUUAUUUUAUAUUGUAAAAAAUAAUAUUUCAAAAUAAAAAUUGGUGAUAUUUCGAUUAUUAUGUAAGAUUUGAAAAAAAAGUUUUAUUCUAAUUGCCACUCGAUAAGUAAAUAAUUGUAAUUUUAUUUUUAAAUUAUUAAUAAUAAUUAAGUACAUUAAUUAGACAACACCCCUAUGUAUUGAGUUUAAAAUGAUUGUAAUAUCGUGAUAUUUUAUAUUGACCAAGUUUUGUAAUUAAUUUUUAUCAAAAAUUAUACGACGUUUAACCAUCAUUUUAUAAAUCAAGACUAAUAUUGUAAUAAUGGAGCCGAUGGCCUUAUUUUACCAUGCUUCCAGUGUUUAUUAAUUUUUAUAUUUUUAAUACUAAAAAACAUAACUGUUUCUUAUUGCUAUUAUUUUUGUUCUCAUCUUAUAAUUAAUUCGUACAAAUCAUUUAUUUUUUUUAAUCCAGGUACAUGACAUUAAACUUGUAUUCUGUAGCUUGUUUAACAAAUGUGUUUUUAUCCAAAUUCAAAUCUGAUACGGCCGAAAGAUGUAUUGUCAAUAUGACCUCGUUAUUUGCAAUUGAACCGUUUAAAUCGGUCGGUUAUUAUAGUGUUGGAAAAGCCAGUCGAGAAAUGUAUUUCCGUGUUCUAGCCAUAGAAAAUCCUACUUUAAAUAUUCUUAGUUAUUCUCCAGGUAAAAUAUAUUGUCUGGGAAUUUAUUGUUUUUCAAUUAAACUAAAACGGUUGGAUUUUUAUAGGUCCAGUGUUGACAGAUAUGUAUACGCAGCUUAGUUUGAAUGCAAAAAAUGAAGUAUUACGUGAACAAUUGACCAGUAAACAGCAACAACAAUAUAUUGUAAAAGUUGAAGAUGCUUGUCAAAAGCUUUUUAACACAUUAGCCACGAAAAGCUACACAAAUGGCGGUAGAGUCGAUUUUUAUGAUAAAUAA